AUGAGUGCAGGUCGAAAUCUUAUGCAAUUCGAAAAGCAGAGUCCUCCUCCGCAAGAACGCGCGCUUGAUGAGACAACUCAGGCUGAGCGCAUUGAUGUACCCCCAGCCAGUCCUCAGGGCAUCCGGCCCAGCAAAAUAUACCAGCCCCUCUCAUUUCCAGUCAUUGUUUUGCUCAUGCCCGCUGCUGUCUUUGGUGUUCUUGCACGUUUGGGGCUUGUUGCUCUCAUGACUUUUGACGGCAACAGCGUCUUCCCUCUUGCAUACGUGCAGGCAGUCGGCUGUUUGAUUAUGGGCGUGGGCUUGAGGAUGAAGGAGCCCAUUGGUCAAUUCUAUGGGCCGUUGUAUACUGCUCUUACAACAGGGUUCUGUGGUUCGUUGACCACGUUUUCCAGUUGGCAGGCUGACAUUUUUAAUGCAUGGAUUAAUGCCCGCCAAUUUCAGCGCGGUGGCCUGCGCGAUUUUGUCGACGGAGUUGGUGUUUCUGCCAUCACACUCUCGCUAUCGGUGGCCUCCCUAUCAUUUGGGUACAAUUUGGCGUCUGUUGUGGCGCCAAUGGUGCCCCAGCUAGGCUUCGCCAGACCUGUCGUUCGAUACGGACUGUCCUGCGUUUCUCUGUUGAUAUAUGGCGCUACUUUUUUCACCUAUUUCUUCCUUCCUGCCAAAUAUCGACAUCAGGCUACAGCCGCUCUUAUUUUUUCAUUUCCGGGAGCACUUACUCGGUAUCUCCUCUCUAUCGCUCUCAACCGACGUAUGAAAGCUCUUCCGCUAGGUACACUGACCGCAAACACUCUGGGUACAGCUCUUUUGGCUGCCUUCCACGUGUUGCAGAACUUGUCCAAUCCAGUCUCACCAACAGCAUGCUCACUUUUACAAGGCCUGAUAGAUGGUUACUGUGGUUGUUUGACUACAGUCAGCACAUUUGCCGCGGAGAUCAAAGACCUUCCGAUCUGGAAAGCAUGUCGAUAUGCCGUUAUCAGUUGGCUUUUUGGUCAGGUUAUGAUGGUUUUGAUCUUUGGAUCAUCGAUAUGGACUGGACGUGCCAGAGAGCAAAUUACAUAUAGUUUGGACUGUUAUACGAAUCAGGCAGCAAGCUAUGUUUCCAGCCGCAGAAUGAUCGGAGUUGGAAUACCUGUUGCGAUCAUCCAAGUUGGACAAGACCCGUCAACCGGAGGACUCACCGCCAACUGCGAAGAGAUGGCCUCACGACCCAGGGCAGCAGCAGAAGAUCCUCAAAGGCCUGUUGCUGAUGAGGAACCUGUCAGUGGCGCUGGAGAGGGCGACGAAAUCAUGGAAGAAGCAGAGCAGGAGGAUGGAUAUACGUCUUCCACCCCCACAUCGACGCUGACAUGGAUCAGUUGGUUCUGCUCUCUCCCAGGACAUGAAUAUUUUUGUGAAGUGACGGAGGACUUUAUCGAGGAUGAUUUCAAUCUCACUGGGUUGAAUACGAUGGUGCCUUUCUGGAAGGAAGCUAUGGAGAUGGUAUUGGAUGUAGAACCAGACGAAGAUACAUCCAAGAUCCCAGAUGUUUCAAUUGUUGAAUCAUCUGCGGAAAUGCUCUAUGGGUUGGUGCACCAACGCUACAUCCUGACGCGUGCUGGUCUGCAGGCGAUGGCCGAAAAAUACGAAAGUGGCGUAUUUGGUACAUGUCCGCGUGUCUACUGUGUGGGAUGCAACGUCGUACCCUGUGGUCGCGUCGACAUUCCCGGCAAUGAUACAGUCAAGCUGUUCUGUCCUAAUUGCAACGAUAUUUAUGUUCCUCCCAGCAGUCGGUUCCAGGGCGUUGAUGGCGCGUUUUUUGGUACGACAUUCGCACAUCUCUUUUUCCAGACGUACCGUGAACUGGCACCUGCGCCGUUCUGGAAAGCGCCUUCUGCUGGCGGCUCGCCUCUGUCACCACGAAGUGUAUCAGGAAGCAAUGGCUCGCGUACAUCGCCUUUUGUGAACCCAAAUCCACAUGGUGGACAAAAGCGGGCUGCGGGCUACGUUUAUGUUCCGAGGAUAUACGGGUUCAAAGUUAGCGAGAGAGCCAAAAGCGGACCUCGAAUGCAAUGGCUGCGUCUGAGACCGGAAAGCCCAGAGGAGUUGGACUCUGUUGAUUGGAGAGGCCGAUGGAUUAAUGAAGACGAUGAAUAUGAUGAUGAUGAGGAGGAGGAGGAGGAAGACAGAAGAAUGGAGGACUUUGACCCAGAUGCUGGAGACGAUGACGAUGACGAUGAGGAAGAAGAGGAGGAAGAAGAAGCUGGAGCGUCUCAGCCGAAAGGCGGCAAAUCGGGGAAGCAAAUUGCUAACAGUACGACGCCUGUGCAGUCCACACUUUCACCAACGGUGACUGCAAGCCACUCUGCUCGCACAUCACCUACGUCGUCUUUGGCGCCGCCGACUCCAGAGGUUAGACCAUUGAUUGAUCUCUCGGUUUACGGCGUAUCCUCCUUCGGGCACUCGUUGGGUGAAGGCAAGGUCAAGGUGGUGAGGCAGACAUGGAUGCCAAGAACUGACUGGGCUGGUACCGCUCAAGUUUGA